CUAGGAAAGAGGUUUAGACCCGCCAGAUGCUGCCCCAAGAGGGAACGGGUGAAGACGCCAGCAGGGCAUGGGGGCCGUGGGGCAGGGGCUUGGCGCAAGGUCUCUGGCCUCUGCACCAUGAGCGCUCUAAGCUAGAGGGAGCAGGGCCAGCUGGGUGCGGGUUGGGGGCGCCGAGUGGGCUGAGCCAGGCUGCGGCAACAGGGUGGGAGAGGCCCAGGACUCAGAGCCCUCCCAGCCCCCCAGGCAGCACUCAGGCCUUGACCUCAGCUGACCCUGAUAGCCCAGGAGGAGCGCAGGGUCUAAUUUUAGCUCCAGCUGCAGGGCCCACAGACAGGAGUGCCCGUCAGCCGGCACAGGGGUGGCCAGGACAGCUCAGGGGCUGCUCAGGCAUGGGGAAGAUUAGGAAGAACAGCCCUGCUUCCAUCCAGCCCUGCACCCUGGUCAAGCUGCCUCCUGGGGGAGCCUGUCGGGUCCCCCAUGGCCUGGCAGAUGAUCCUUCUCUCUGUUGAGGCCAAGGUCAGGGGGUGCAGACAGAAGGGUGGAAGGACACGGCCUUGCACUCUGGACAGAGGUUGUUGCAUCAACCUGAGCAGUGCCCAAGGGCAGGGGGCCCUGCUGGGAGGACAAAGGGCUCACUUGGUUGUCCAGAGGCCAAGGAAGCAGGGUCCUGACCUCAGGUAGGCCAGGCCAGAAAGCUGGGUCCUACCUGGCCUCCGUGUGCCUGGCCAGUGACUCGCCGUUUGACCUCACACAGGCAGCCUGCUCUCGUGGGCCUCAGUCUUCUCAUCUGUACAAUGAGGGCACUGAACUAGAAGGCUGGUUCCGGCUCGAGCAUCCCACCCAUGGCCCUGCUCCUCCUGCUUGCCCCAGCGCUGGCUGCAGGUGGCCACAUGCAGUCGUGGAGAAGAAACUCCCUCUGGCUGGCAUUGCUGGCCUCUUGGCUCCUCAUCUUCCUGGGAGGCUCCCCUUUUCUCCGCCUGGCAGUGCCCACCAGACCUCGGGAAGGAGCCCCCCAAGGCUGGCCCCGCUGGCUGGAUGCAGAGCUCCUACAGAGUUUCUCCCAGCCUGGGGAGCUCCUGGAAGAUGCGCCUCAACCUCCUCAAGCCCCCCAUGGUGGCAGCUGCAAUUGGGGGACUUGCUUUGAUGCUUCGAAGUGCAGGGGUGGUGGCCUCAAAGUGUCUGUGUACCCUGCUGCCGGGGCUCUCUCUGACACUCACCGCAGGAUCCUGGCUUCCAUCGAGAGCUCCCGCUACCACACAGGCAGCCCCACUGACGCCUGCCUCCUCCUCCUCCUCCUGGACAGCCCGGCUGGGAGGUGCAGCCACGUGCCCCCUCAAUGGAAUGGGGGCAGGAACCAUCUGGUCCUCAGCCUCCACCCAGCCCCCUGCCCCUGGCCCUUCCAGCUGGGACAGGCCAUGGUGGCCGAGGCCAGCCCCACCGUGGACACCUUCAGAGCAGGCUUUGACGUGGCCCUGCCGCUUCUCCCUGAAGCCCACCCGCUGAGAGGUGGGGCACCUGGCCAGCUGAGGCAGCACAGCCCCCACCCCGGGGUGGCCCUGCUAGCCCUGGCAGAGGAGAGGGGCAGGUGGCGCACAGCAGGCACCAACUUCUCUGGCUGCCCCUGGGAUGGGAGCUAUGAGCGGGACCAUGGACCUGAGCAGACUCACCCUGGGGCAAUGCUACCCAAUGCCACCUUCUGCCUCAUUCCUGGCCUCCGUCCUGAUGCCUUGCACUUCCUCCAAGCCCUGCAGGCUGGCUGCAUCCCUGUGCUUCUCAGCCCUCGAUGGGAGCUGCCCUUCUCCGAGGUCAUCGACUGGACCAAGGCGGCCAUUGUCGCUGAUGAGAGGCUCCCACUUCAGGUCCUGGCUGCCCUCCGGGAGAUGCCCCUAACACGCGUCCUUGCCCUCCGUCAGCAGACCCAGUUUCUGUGGGAUGCCUACUUCUCCUCAGUGGAGAAGGUCAUCCAUACCACUCUGGAGAUUAUUCAGGACCGCAUCUUUGGAGCAUCUGCUCACCCCUCGCUACUGUGGAACAGCCCCCCAGGGGCACUCCUGGCCCUGCCCACUUUUUCUACAAGCCCCUCGGACUUCCCCUUCUACCACCUACAACAGGGCUCUCGCCCUGUGGGCAGGUUCAGCGCCCUGAUCUGGGUGGGGGCCCCAGGCCAGCCCCCUCUGAAGCUCAUCCAGGCGGUGGCAGGCUCCCAGCACUGUGCCCAGAUCUUGAUUCUCUGGAGCAGUGAGAAGCCACCCCCUCCCAGGUGGCCCGAGACAGCAGUGCCUUUGACAGUCAUUGAUGGGCAUGGGAAGGUCAGUGACCGCUUCCUCCCGUACAGUGCCAUCAGUACCGAUGCUAUCCUCAGCCUCGAUGCCCACAGCAGUCUUUCCACAAGUGAGGUGGACUUUGGUUUUGCGGUGUGGCAGAGCUUCCCAGAGCGGAUGGUGGGCUUUCUGGCAUGCAGCCAUUUCUGGGAUGAAGCCCAGGAUGGCUGGGGCUACACCACCCAGAGGGCCAACAAGUUCUCCAUGGUUCUCACCUCGGCUGCCUUCUACCACAGGUAUUACCACACUCUAUUCACCUACUCCCUGCCCAAGGCUCUGAGGACCCUGGCAGAUGAGGCACCCAGCUGUGCCGACGUCCUGAUGAACUUCCUAGUAGCAGCAGUCACCAAGCUGCCUCCUAUCAAGGUGCCCUAUGGGAAGUGGCAUCAGGAUGCCAGGCUCCCGCUGGUGAGGACUGAUGGGGAGAGGUGGACACUGGCUGGGGAAGGGACACCCUUUCACUGUCUAAUCCAAACCCUUUGUGCUGCAGGAGGGCAGGGGAGAUGUGUGGGUUCUGAAGGACAGAGAAGCCCUCUAUUUCUCCUCCCUCUCUUAGGCAUCUGGAGGCCCAGGGUCCAGGCCAGAGCUGCAGGGCUUUGCACCCGACUGCAUCAACCAGAUGGCUGUAGGGUUCGGCCACAUGCCCUUGGUGUCAUCUCACCUCCGUCUGGACCCAGUGCUCUUCAAGGACCCCGUGUCUGUGCUGCGCAAGAAGUAUCGAAGCCUGGAGAAGCCCUAGAUGGGACCAAAUCCUCGCCUCCUGCACGGACUUGCCAUCCCCACCCCAUCCUCUGCGCUUGCACAGCCGGUGUUUCCUGUAGACCUGACAGUCCAUGCUGCCUGGCCAGGUACAUCAUCAGGAAUGGCCUGGGCACCCCAGGAGGGUAGGGUUGUGUCCCCUUCUCUCUCACCUGGCAGAUGCGCCACAAAUACUAGACGAGCAGAUAGAUGGAAGGUAUCAACUGUGUGCCUGGCCCUAUGCCGACGGUGGCGGGAAUGCGGAGUGUGAUGGAGAGACAAAGCUCCGUCCCCCACCCCCGGGACUCCUAGUCCGGCGGGAAGGCGGCUACCUACCCAGGACGCCUGGGUUGCCAGACGCAAUCCUUGAGCCCCAGCGAUGGAACAAAGAGGCGCGGGGAAGCCCACUUCAGGACUUCCUCCCCGACUGGGGGGAGCAGGGUGAGGAGGGGAGAAGGGAUGGGAACGCAGGUGGGCAGUCCCCGGCCCGCUCUGCAUUACCAGCCUGGACCACUAGAGGUCAGCGCCGCACCGCGCUCCCUCCUCGCGAACAGGAAGCGCGUCCUCAACAGCGUCCCGUUCGGGGGCGCGGGAGUGUUGGUCAGGUGCAGCCCCAGGUCUGAGAACUGGAGCCGGGGAAUCGAAGGAAUGGCCCCGCCCCCUCGGGCAACGUACUCGGGACUAAGAAGGGGCCAGCCGUUUCCAGGAGGGCUGGGUGGGAGGAGUUCCGCAGGGCCGUGGUGGUCGUCCUGGAGUGGGGGAAGGGACGCUGAGCGCCCCCCCCCCC